GUUUUCAAGUUUUCAAGACAGCAAUGCUACUACGUCUCUCAUCCAAACACAUCACGCUAUCGCACAAUCCGGCUUCAACGGAACAAAUUCACAAAAGUUCUAAACCAACAGCGAUUUAGUAAGUGUCUUAUCACUCUUUCGCUAUUUUGAGAGCGUAUUUCUUUUUACAGCUCUGUUAUUUGCUGCGGAUGAAAAUUAGAGUGGGUAAUAAUUUCGCAAUGGUGAAGAUUGUAAACCAAUAUUUUGCCUCGAUUUCGCAGAAACCCUCCGCCGUAUCUUACCGCGGGGACGGAUUCAACAGAAAGAGUUACCAAGAUAGUUUUCAACCCGGGAUCACCCUUAAGCAAAGAGGAAUUCUUGCACAAUCCUUGACAGAGAUUCGAGACUGUGUGGGAACCUUUGGAGCAAGCAAAUAUAUCGACAACAGAUCACCGGACGAAGACAACAACAUCCGUUCAUAGAGGAAUGGCUAGCAAGGCAGUCAAAAAUAGGUUCGUUUUGUCUGCGCUUUCUUUGUCUUUAUAUUAGAAUUAGCUAUCACGCAUUGCAAUUUGUGACUCUCGAGGGAGUAGUAAGGAUUUAAAUUGUUUAGAAAUAAUAAUUUUUGUCACAUUCGUGAGUAAAUCUUAAGUCAUUAUUCACUCCAGGCGCCUGACACUUCGAAGAUUGAUCGUCAAUUAGUAUGACACCUAAAAGUUUUCCUUGCUUGUAUCAAACACGCAAUCGAACUAAUUUUGGUACAUUUUUUUUGCUGCGUAAUGUCUGGCAAGAAAGAGAUAUUACUAAAUCAACUAUCUCGUCCUGUGUGGUUCGAAAGUGAUUUCUGUUACGUUUCCUUCAAAAUUCGCCAUUGCUCCUUUAACAAGGCCUUAAAUAACACGUAGGCGAUUGUACUUUCACAUAGUGCACUAAUUGUUUGUGAAAAACCAAAGUGCUUUCGAUUGUCGAUGAAACCGAGGAAAUACUAAUUUGAUAUGAAGUUUAUUAAACGACGUGUGCACAAAUUUAGAUUUGGACUUCGGUAAUUUUAAUGUUUGUUUGUCCCAACUAGUGGUCUGAUUGGUGAUUGCAUCGUAAUUAUUUGUUUGAUGUGCAUUUAUUGGCUCGCAAACGUUUACUGUGCAAAUAUUGUUCGUUUAAGAGCGUUUCGGAAGGUUGUAUCGAGUUUUUUUCCCCUUUUCUUUGGUAAUUGCAUCAGAAUUAGGUAGACUUCGUGAAGCGAACAUUUACAUCGUUGUUUAUCGAUAAACCAUGAUAACUGUCCAUGAGGUCGAAUGUUGUUUUCCAUUUUCAUUAUCUUGCUAUAAUAAUCUUUUUCUGAGCUAUUUCUGUGAUGCUAACACUUCUACAUAUACCAGCUGCUAUUUAUGUCUUACAAGUGUUACUUAAUUACCAUAUUUUUGAAGGAUGUUUUACAAUCUAGUACCUUUUGUUAGAGGUACCAAUUUCAAAAGAUCUGUGUAAAAUCAAAUUGUCCUGUUUUAGGCCAGAUUAUUAUAGAAACCGACCAGGUUUUCUUAGCUCAAAUGUUAAUGAUUUUCAAAUUGAUAUUGGGCUGCCAAAAAAAAUCCAGAGUCAAAACCUGUCUGAAAAUAGAUUCAAUGUAGCUGGGCAAAGCUCAAAAUCUUGGCCCAUUUUUGCCGAGAUUACAUGUACCUUAGCAAGAGAUAACCUUCCUCCUAAUAAUUUUAGUUACUGUCACAACCUGCUUGCUGGAUAAUGUUUGGAUAUUACAGGAAGAAGUAGCAUGUUAAUCACUCUGCAGACUGAAAGGGUUAAUCCCUUAACUGUUUGUCACUCUCUUAAACAGCGAGAACCAGAAAAAGAGAAGAUCACGUGAUGCAGCACGAUCCAGGAGAGGACAGCAGAACGAUGAGUUUGUGGAGCUUGCCAAUCAGCUGCCACUGCCCGCAGGACUUUCAUCACAGCUUGACAGGCUGUGCAUCAUGCGGCUGGUUAAUAGUUACAUUAAAAUGAAAAACCUUCUUCAAUCUCUGGUGUCCCAAGGUAAGGAUUUUAUCCUCACAGUUUCAAAUAUUGGCAACUUACAGCUAUUCAAAAUUAUGCUGGUUUAAAUUAAUUGCUCUCUUAAAUUAUUUCAGACAUGAAGAAGAUUGUGUCUCUCAAUGUAGCAGAUACCACAGUAUAUGACAAGGCAUCACUGGAGGUAAGCUUGGCACCAUUUUAGCAUCUCACCACCUCAUGCUACAGAUGAGCUUUCAAUCGGCAGUAACAAGCCUCAAGAUCUGUUGGGACUUUAAACCUGAUAGUGAACUAGGAGAAUUAACACUCAUAUUAAAAAACUUACCAUAUUCUGUAUGUCUUUAGGCACUAGAUGGGUUUGUCUUUGUUGUAACACCAGAUGGCCAGUGCAUUUAUGUGUCAGAUAACAUCACCCAUUACAUGGGACUCACACAGGUAAAUUACCUUAAACUGCUAUGAUCUUAUUCUAAAUUCUCCCCACUGGCUACAAUAUAUUUCUUUAUUAAACAGUUUAAGAGAAGUUAAUCACCACCUAAUUACUCUGCCUAUUUUGAUUACCUUUCUGCCACAUAAUGAAUUAUUGUGGAGAAAGAAUUGUGAGUGUAAGCCCUUUGUCAGAGCUGGUUAGCCCUUCUCUUUUCACUCUGGCAAAGGGCUAGUAGGUGCUGAUCUUCCUUUCUAUUAGGUUAAAUAUAGAGGUUAGUCACUGAACUAUUCCUAACAUUUUAAUCUACAUAACCCAACUGGCCAGGUGUCAGUAUUAUGGAAGACUUAAAUACAACUCCAUUGUGUUUUUUUUUUCCUGGACAGAUUGAAGUAACUGGUAACAGUUUCUACAAAUACAUCCACCCCUGUGAUCAUGAGGAACUUUCCAAUCAGCUUGGUGGACAGAUCCCUCUUGAAGAUAUGGAAAUCUUCGAUGGCCUGUUCUGUUCUGAUUCUGUCUUUAUGAUGAGCAAUCACUUGAAGGGUGGAUCCAAAAAAUCCAUGCACGAGAACCCUCACAAGUCAUUUUUCUUGCGCAUAAAAAGCACACUGACAAGCAGAGGAAAGAAUGUUAACCUUCGAGCCUCAACUUACAGAGUAAGGCCAAAAUCUUGAUUAUCAAAAUGAAUGGGUAGACUAAUAAAUACUGCCUUAUAAAAUAACUGUUCUUUACCUUUCUCUCAAAUGGUCACACAUAAGGUUUCAUCUACAGAGCCUAAAGUCUUGUGCAUGAAAGUACUGCUCCAUGACUUUCAUUUGAGGGUUAAUCACUUUAAAAUUUAUCAUGUCAACCAAAUGGUCGUAGCCUUACAAAGAGAUUUUUGGCUAAAUCACUGUCAUACACCUUAACCCUUUAAACCCUUAGAGUGACCAGCAUCUAGUUUCUCCUUACAAUAAUACUGCUGAAUCAUUGAUUUAAGAUCAUGAGAAUAAAGGAAAUGAUCACCAACUAAAAAAGCUCUUGAUUGUUAAACAAAUUCUCUUUGUCAGCACCUUAGGAAAUGUAUAGAGAACAGUAUGGAGAAUAUGCAUACUGAUGUUAGGGUGUAAAGGAUUAACAUUAAUUUAUGAGUAUUCUCCAUUAUACAACAAGCAGACGUUGUUUGACAGUCAACAGCUUCUUUGGCCAGUGAUCAUUUCCUAUAUUCUAAUAACCUUAAGGUUUGAUUCAAGGAUGUUACUGUAGGGAGAAAUUAAUUCUAAACUCUCUUAGGAUUUAAAGAUUAAAUGCUUGUUUUGUUGAGUUUCUCUCUUGCAUCUUCAGGUUGUCCACUGCACUGGUUGCAUGAAAAUGUCUGUGAAAGUCUCAGAGUCAGGAGAAGAGAAGGUUCCAUUGUUUAUGGUCGCCAUCGGAGUUCCGCUUAUGUUCACAUCCACUUUUGAAGUUCCACUUGACAGAGCCACCUUUACCAGUCGUCACAGUCUUGACAUGAAAUUCCUGUCAUGUGAUGACAGGUGGGUGUAUGUAAUUAAUUGAAUGCACGCCAUCAUCACCUUGCUUUUGCAGUUUUUCAAUUUUUGUCCUCUUCCCAAGCUUGUCUUAUUUACAAACUCAUUCUUUGCAGAAGAAACUUAAUCUUACCCUGUUUGAGUGAACAUUUUUAUCUAACAUCACAGAUAAAUUUUUUUUUUGGUGUAUACAGAAGCUUCUCUAUUUUAGUUUUUCACUGCUAUUGGCUUACUGGAAAAAAGAAAAACUAAGAUGUUACAUCCUGUUUGAGCUUUUGAUUUAUGGUGCAGACAAAAUAGUUCAUAGUCUGGGAUAAGAUUGAGUGAAACUUUGGCAAUUUGCCUGACACAAUCCUUGAGAGUUACAGCCCUUUUUUUUUAGCUCUCAUGCCUUGUCCAAUGAUUUCACCUGCUGAAGAUUUUGUAUUUUUUUUUCCUCCAGUGUUGCAGACCUCCUUGGUUUCACACCAACAGAGAUUGUUGGCAAGUCCUGGUACCACUUCCAACAUGCUUGUGACUUGGACACAGCAUUAGCCUGCCACAAGACUUGUAAGUCAUCUCAACAACAUUCUCCUCCCUCUCCUCAAGCUGCUUUUCAUUCAAACUUUUUCUGAUACCUGUAACAUGUGCUCUGUUCAAUGACAUGCCAGCUGGAAAGGCCAAUUUUGAAAAGAGCACAGGUGUAAGGUUUUGUUAGCUGUUUCACCCCUAUGAAUGACCAGCAUCUAAGUUCUCAGAACACAUUCAGGUUAUGAGAAUUAAGGAAAUGAUCACCAACUACAGAAGCUCUCAAUUUUUACACAAAUUCUCCUUCUCAGCACCUUAGGAAAGGUAUAGUGAACUGUAUUAAGAAUAUGCUUGCUGAUGUUAGGAUAUAAAAGGUUAAAUAGCCACUAAUCAGGAACUGAGCCUGUUUGAAACAAAAAUCAGGUUUGAAAAAGCAGCAACAAUCAAGCCUUAAAGAGAGAACAGUUAUAGAUAAAACUUACUAUUAACAAUUUUAUUUCACUUUAUUUCAGUGCUGACCAAAGGCCAGUCUGUGAGUAAGUACUACCGCUUCUUACUUCGCAAUGGAGGAUGGGUGUGGCUUCAGACUAAGGCCAACAUUGUUUACGACAGUAAGACAUGUCAGCCACAGUUUGUCCUCUGCACAAAUUACAUCAUCAUGUAAGUUACCAAGAGGAUUGAUUUUAAUUUUGUAAAUAAAUACUUUUUAAUGGAAUAGUGAUUAGCUCAAGAACACAGCAGAAGUAUAUGGGUACACUCAGUGAAGAGGAGUGGUGUGGCAGAUUUCUAAUGUACUCUAGGAAUUCUCUAAGUGUUCAUAUGCUGUUUGGGAGAUAUCUGCUCCCUUAAAAAAUGUCUAUCUAUUAUCAAGAUCAUCCUUACACAGUGUCUCACAAUAGCUGUGAGACUUAAGACCUGUCCACUAAGCUCACCCUUGUGGGAAAUGUCUCUAAAAGUUAGUGCGCCUUUCAACUCCUAAAAUUAACCACUGUAAAAGGGGCAUCUCCUUUAGUAUAUCAUGAGCAAAGUUUACUCAGACUUAUCAGUUGUAAUCUCCCUAAUUUUUCCAGGAGAGUUGACGAGAAGGAGUACAUACUGUCCACAGAACAAGUCAACCCUGUACCUGCACCUCUAGGUCUUGACCUGGUGGUUAAGAAAGAAUGUGAAAAAGGAAGGGGCACCAGAAGAAAACAUUCCAUUGUGCUGGAGGAACGUACAAAGGUGCUCAAGGCAGCAGCGCAUGAACAGCGUCCAAGUGCAGAUGUCAAACCAAAGAAGGAGAGCAACCUUAAUACCUGCUGUAUGAAGACACCCCCAAAACAGGUAGCAAAGAAAUCCUGUCAGUGUCUUGAGGAUGUUGACUGUGACCACAUUAAUUUUCAGGUGAGCUGGGCCUAGAAAAUGCAACAUUGUCUAUUGUUUCUUGUGAAGGAACCUUGGAACCCUUUAGAGACUGAACACUCCACUGUGUCCAAUAAAACCUUAGUGCUUACCAGAUCCACCUCACAAAAAUGAUUUAUUGUAUAUUUAUCAUAAUUUAUUUUUGUGGUUGUCAGGAGUUCUUUCCAGUGGCAUGGGACACUAAUGAUGACCUCAUUGAGCAACAAAAGGAAUAUGAGAAGCUGCUACAAACACACUAUGGUGAUGACACGCCCAGUCCCACCCGCUUGGAAAACAGCACUGCUGAAAAUAGAGUCCCCUACAUUCCUUCACCAAGUAACGACCAAAAUAUUGAUAAAGGAAAAGUAGCCAAUGAGGAGGAGGAAAAUUUUGACGAACGUGCUCCAUUUAUUCCACUUUCAAUCAUGGACUCAGAGUUGGAUUGCGAUGAUGAUUUAUUGGUGGAAAUUCCUUUCCUCGAUUCACCCAUGAUACCAUCACCCUCAUCGUGGCUGCUAAAUGCAGAUGAAAGUAUCCCAUCUCCAGGAAGUGCCAUCAUGCUACCUCCAGUCAAGCCUCUAUCUUACAACCGUCGUCCAAGUCUGUCUAACUCAUGCUCACCGGUUUUGAGCAGAAAGGAGAUCCCUACCGCCAUCAAACACAAUGGGUAUGUGACAAACGAGACGGCCCACAAAGGGAAAGCACUGUUUCCAAACAUCAGUACAUGGGAAGCUGAAGUGAAUGCACCAGUUCAGAACAUUAAUCUUUUGCAAGGUGAAGACCUGCUUGAAGCUCUUGAAUGUGGUGACUUCUUGUGAGCUUUGGCUGGUUAAGUGAAGCAAACUGUAUGUCUCAUCUAGGAGUGAAAACAGUUGAAGGACUUAUUUCAAUUAUUUGUAGGUUAUACUCAACUUUAUAAGUUCAUUGCAUUUAAUGUCUGAUUGUAAUGCAAAAUGCAAUUCCAGUAAUCUUUGUCAGGAAACAAAUGUCAUCGCAUCACAUUUAUUUAGCUUUAAGUUUGGAAUUUGUUUGUUUGUUUGUUUGUGUGGUGAUACGAAGGCAAAGUGGUAAGCCUUGUGGACUCCGAAUAGAGAGAUUCGAGCCCUGGCUCAAUCCCCUGUUAAGUUCUCGGACAAGACUAGUUAACCUCACGGUAACCCUCUCCACCCAGGAGUAUAAAUGGGUACCAGUUAGCUUUCCUCAAAAAGUGAGGAGGACUGGGGGAUAGCUGCUAAGGACUGAGAUCUUAUGCCAUGUUGAUAUACUACCAGUUACCUCAUACCAUAGAAACCAGGGAUAAACAGCUACAGUACCACAGUUUUGAGCCUCUUGGUCCCAAGAUUUAACAAUAGCUUUUUUUUCCUUAUGGAUAACCAAUACAGUUAUGCAAGUGUAUAAAGUGUAGACAAACUUUUGGCAAGUUGAUUGUGUUGUUUGGCACUCAACAUUGUUUUGGCAUCUUUUGACGUGUUUCCCCAUACAUGGGUAAUUUAGAAGGCAACUUGAUAAGAUAAAACAACCUUAAAAAUUUGUCUCAAGUUUAGGACAAAGGAUAUCCAUAGCGAGUUCUUAUUCAGAAUUUGAUGCUGGUUGCAUUUGUAGAGAAGUUGUCAUAAACCUUGUUAAGUGGCAGUGUCAACAUAAUUAACACUAUGAGUUUCUGAUUCUGGCAACAAGAAGCAUACUGCAUCAAAACAUUCUUCCAAGCUCCUUUAAAAAAUUUUUGCCUGUGCCUCACAGACACCAAGGUGGUAAAUGAGGAAACUUCUAGAAGGGUAGGGCUUAUUUCUGAACAGUGGCUGGUUAUCAAGUCUAAAAUUUUUCAGACCCUUCGGUUUCCAACAAAAGACAUUGUAGCUUGACUUGGAAGGUUUAACUAGUGCUAAGAUUGUCCUUGCAGAGUGGUACAGUAGUUAAAACUGUGUGUAUAGAUUCAAUCAUAACAGUAUUAGUUUAAAAAAAGAAAAAUGUAGUAUUUCAUAGUUAACAUUUGUAGCUUCAAAAUUAGUUGUAGAGCAUAACAAGAUUUUAUCUAUACAGUGUAUCAUUGAGUGCAGUACAUGCCUAAGGUUGAGUGCAUUGUGUGCCCGCUCUGUUUUCUUUGUUGCGGCUUGCUCAUGUACCCCACUGAUUGCUUGAUUGCUCAUUUAACCUUGUGUCAGUUUCACUGUUAGACUAGUACAGUAAUCAAAUUUUACAAAGAUCUGCAUCACGAACUUUGUAUUGGUUACAGUGUUGCAUAUUUCAAUGCCAUUUCUGUUAGUCUGCAAGCCUAACUUGCAGAGGUGUGUGAAAAGCUUUCAAUGUAGAAUUGCAUUUUAUUUCACUAAUAAUGGUGCAUAAAAACUUCAAAAAAAGAGUAUGAAGUGACUAAUGUAGCUACAGGCAUAUUAAGCCAAAAACUGACAACUUCAGUAAACUUCUGGAGAGCCUUACAUCUUUGAAUUCUUCAUCAUUAAAAUUGAUACAUAAAGAUGCUGGUGUCAUACACUUUAAUAAAGGGAAUAGGUUUCUAAAGAAACUGUAGUGCUGCUUUGGUGGGAGAGUAUAACAGGGUAAUUUGGUAUUAUCAAAUCUCUUUUGCUCUGAUGAAGGGCUAAUGCUCAAAUUGUCAUCUUUGAAACUCCUCGUGGUGGCCAAUUUAUGUUAUCAACUCAGUUGAUAAUACCAAAUCACCCUGUAAUACACUUAUUGCAAAGAUCACAAUGUCCUACAGGAUUAGGAACUCUGAAAUCCACUCCUACAAUUGCAACUAUAAUAUGGUUUUCCAGCUGCUCUGCCACAAAUCAGAAAUAAAAUCUUCUAUCUUCUUAAAACUAUUUAUCUUUCUUCAUUGAAGCCCUUAUUUGGGAACUCAAUGGUUUCAUUAAAUCAUCUUUUUUGCACAAAACCAUCACAUUUCUUUCCUCAAACCUGAAGAAGAAGUUCAAUUAGUUCUUAGAUCUUGUGGGAAAUUCAUUCUGGGCUAGGUCUGUUGUCUUUUGUAAGAUCAUCAAAACUGAUCCACAAUCAUUCUACAAGUAUGUGAUUAGCCUAAAGUAAUAUCUGAGAAAGUCAUUCCUAUUCAGGAACAACUGAAACACUUUUAAAAAGAUUCUGAACUGGAUUGUAAGACAUUUGAGCUAAAAAAUGUGCGGGCUGAUCCAACAGGUACUUUGCAAGCAAUUUCAGCAAAAUCAGUCCUUCCUUCCUCAAUACCUUAAACUAGCCCCACCCUGAAACAAGUUCCCAUCUUGUCUACCAACCUCCAUAGCUCUGCCCUUAUUUUGCGCUCCCUUGGAAAACUAGCAAAUUUCUAUGCUCUAAAAUGUCUCAAAUGUUUACUGAUCAUGCUGCCAAUUUUAACUACUUUUGAGUUUAUCUUGAGAUAAUCAUAUUACAGUCAACUUAAAUCUUAAAAAAUGUGUUCCAUGUUUCUGCAUUCCUGUUCAGUAAUAGAUCAAAGAUGAUGUAAAAAAUGGUGAGAACAAAAAAAGAAAGUGGCAGCACAUGAGGCACAGUCAAGUGUGACACGUUCUUUCAGAGACUUUACCCCUAAAACUCCCAUGAGUGACCAAGACAGAAUUUCUCCUUACAAUAUCAAUACAAAAUCAAGAAGACAAGUGAUGAGAAUCAAGAAAAGUAUCAACUAGGGGAUUAUUAGUUGAUCCAGCAACAAAUUCUCAGAAGUAACAUCAGAAGAAUUGUAUAGC